CCGGUGGCUGGGAAGGCAAGAUGUCGGCAUAGCUGAUUGACGUUGAUAUACGGCUGUGUCACAUCGAGCCAGCUCAAUCCACCGGCGUUCAACGUUAGAAGAAAAUUCAUCGAGAAGAGUGGACGCUCCCGUAAGGAUCCGGAGAAAAUUGAUCGUUCCCGUUGCGAUUAAAAAAAAAGCGGGCGUGGACGCUUGACAGCCGCUGUCAAGUCACGAGUCUUGAGUUUUCUUUUCGGCGAUCGUGUGGGUUGGAAAUCUUCGAAUUUUAUUUAUAUCACUCACGACGAUGUUCCCGUAGAGUGCGACCGGCUGUGUAGUGACGAUAACGAUACGAAAAAUACGACCAAAAUGCCGAACGAGGAGGUUUUAGGGCCGCGGAAGACAAUGUUCGUUUUAGUGAUUGUUGUGGGGUGUUUUGCCGUUCUUUGGCCGAAGAUCUUGUCUCCUUUGAUCUUGGGGGGCACGAGGGAGCAGCUGAAGCCGAACGCGUACGACCGGGAGGCAGGAUGCUGUGAAAUGAUAUUUGAUACAGAAGUGGCAAUACUGGAGAUAUUGAAUGAAAUAUGCAGUUCCAUUGCUAACACAGACGGAAAACUAUCGCCGUACGCCGCAGCGGAUUGCAGACGAGCCGUCAAUGACACCUGUGGUGUUGACAUAGCCGCUUUUCUGAAGCGAACUGACAACGUAGGAAAGACGGCCAAAGUAGCACUCGAUACAAUGAAAGCGAGUAAUAGCUCCUGUUUAAAAGAACACUUUGGAGUGCCAACUUUAAGUCUGAGCAUACAUCCGGCUAUGAACUCUUGGAUCUUGAAAGACACCCUCAAGCAAGAGCGUCCACCUAUCCGCGUUGGAGCCGCUUCGCACCCAGCAUUGCGCGAGCGCGGCCGAGCCAUCCCUGCAGCGGGCCCACCUCCUCGGACCCCCACUCCGCUGCCUCCGCACCACAGGGUACCGUACCAGAACCCUCUUAGCGGGUACUUUGAAAUCGAUAUCAAGGUCAGUCCAGAGAACAUUGUGUUGAAAAAACCCGGUCUAUUGCAGUUGAUCUUCAAACGCUCCAGCACUGUGCCGUACGAUUCUAUUGCCUCGGAUCCGCAAUUCAGGCGACGGGUCUUCAGAGAUGACUCGCGCUCCACCCCGGAUAGACUAGUUGUCACGGCCAUAUCGGGCCUGGUAGCCGAGGUGCAGCAACAGAUGGAGGCGACCUACGCGCAGAACCAGCAGACACAGGAUGUGCAGGAUAACCACGCUCGUCCAUACACGAACGGCACAGUCAUACACAGUGGGCCAGUCCAAAUCGUAGCAAGCGAGUAUCGAGAACCUUGCAAAGAGAAAAGCCUGGAAAUUCAGAAAGAGAUGCCAGAACCAAGGGAAGCGUCUCCAGAAUCUUACCCAGAGCCUAAAACUGUAGAAAAGGAAAUUUCACCGGAGAAAGAGAUCCUAAAACCAAAGGAAGCAUCUCCAGAACCUUCUCCAGAGCCUGAAACUGUAGAAAAAGAUAUUUCACCUGAGAAACAGCUUGCGCCAAAGGAAUUAACACCACGAGAAGAACAAACAACGCCAGAAACAGAUAUUACACCAGACGAAAAAGAGUUCAAACCACAAGAAAUUACACCAAAUACAAAAAUGACACCUGAAAAAGAAGAGGAUAAUGUAGAUGAAGAAAUCGAGGAUAAUCUAGAAGAAGAAAUCGAGGAAGUGGAAGAAGAAGAAAAUGAUCCGACAGAAGAAUUAAUAAAACUAACACAAAAGGUUGAACAGAAGACGGACACGCUAGCGAAACUUACAGGAGAGUUUCUAGAAGAAGAAAAAGGAAAACUAAAAAUACUGUCUACACCAGAAUUAGAGAGAAAGACGUCUGACCUUCUAGAAGAAGCUCUGAUAGAAAGCUCGCCAGAGAAGGAAUCCGAAGUUGUGGACCAGGACAACGGCAGUGUCAAAGUGGUAGGCAUGGAGGUGACGGCCCACUCGGCGGACGGCGGGCAGUGGCCACGCGCCGCGCCGCCGCCCCUCACUCCGCUGCCGCCGCCCCGGCCCCCGAGUGUUAAUGAAUCAACGUUGGAUGAUUUUACAACAGCCAGUGGAUUUACACAGCCCGCUGAGAAAGAGGACGAUCUGUCAGAGGAAGAAGAAGAGAUGGAAAUAGAAGAAAUUGAAGAAAUUGAAGAAGAGGUCGAGGAAGAAGAAGUAGAAGAAGAACCGGAGCAGAAGAAGUGAACUGAUAGCGUUUAGACGGGAGAGGGGGUCAGUGGCUUUACAUCGCUUUCUAAGAUUUAAUCCAAUAUUGAAAUGGAUAUUGGUAUUUAAACUUAUGUUAAUGAUGUUUCUACUGCAAUGCA